CGCAACACCCUGGACGUGGGCGAGGUGCUCAGCAAGAACGACGCGCUCUCGGACCUGGAGCGCUGGGAGCGCAGCAAGAGCAAGAACCGCACGCUGGACAACAGCGACCUGCAGCGGCUGGAGCGCGCGCGGGCGGCGGCCGCGGGCCCUGGCGGCGCCUCGGAGCACCGGCUGCUGCGCUUCUUCAGCGGCAUCUUCGCGCGCAGGGAUGGCGGCGCGCCCGGCGGUCCCUCUCCCCGGAGCGGCGCCUCGCGGUCCCGCGGCUACUUCAGCCUGCGCAGGGCCCCAGCCGACGCGCACUCGUCCAGCGCCGAGAGCAUCGACGGGUCCCCGCGCAGAGGUGGGCAGCGCGGCCGGGGAGAUGCCUUUGUGAAUAGCCAGGAAUGGACAUUGAGUCGAUCUGUCCCGGAGCUCAAAGUGGGAAUCGUGGGUAACCUGGCCAGCGGAAAGUCGGCCCUGGUGCACCGGUAUCUGACCGGCACAUACGUCCAGGAGGAGUCUCCCGAAGAUAUGGACGCAGGUGGCAGAUUCAAGAAAGAAAUCGUUGUUGACGGACAGAGCUAUCUGCUGCUGAUUAGAGAUGAAGGGGGCCCCCCAGAGGCACAGUUUGCCAUGUGGGUGGACGCUGUUAUAUUUGUCUUCAGCUUAGAGGAUGAGAUCAGCUUCCAGACUGUUUACCACUACUACAGUCGGAUGGCCACCUACCGGAACACGAGCGAGAUCCCUCUGGUUCUCGUGGGGACCCAGGAUGCCAUAAGUUCCACGAACCCGCGGGUCAUCGACGACGCUAGGGCGCGGAAGCUGUCCAGCGACCUGAAGAGGUGCACGUACUACGAGACGUGCGCCACGUACGGGCUGAACGUGGAGCGCGUCUUCCAGGACGUUGCCCAGAAGAUUGUGGCCACGAGGAAGAAGCAGCAGCUGUCCAUAGGGCCCUGCAAGUCGCUGCCCAACUCCCCAAGCCACUCGUCUGUCUGUUCCGCACAGGUGUCCGCCGUGCACAUAAGCCAGACGAGUAACGGAGGCGGGAGCUUAAGCGACUAUUCCUCCUCCGUCCCGUCGACGCCGAGCACCAGCCAGAAGGAGCUUCGAAUCGACGUCCCUCCCACGGCCAACACGCCCACACCCGUCCGGAAGCAGUCCAAGCGCCGGUCCAACCUCUUCACCUCUCGGAAAGGGAGUGACCCAGACAAAGAGAAGAAAGGCCUGGAGGGCCGAGCAGACAGCAUCGGGAGCGGUCGAGCCAUCCCAAUUAAACAGGGCAUGCUGCUGAAGCGAAGCGGCAAAUCUUUGAACAAGGAGUGGAAGAAGAAAUACGUCACCCUGUGUGACAACGGCGUGCUGACCUAUCACCCAAGUUUACAUGAUUACAUGCAGAAUGUUCAUGGUAAAGAGAUUGAUCUUCUGAGAACCACUGUGAAAGUCCCAGGGAAGAGGCCACCCCGAGCCACGUCGGCCUGUGCGCCCAUCUCCAGCCCUAAAACCAAUGGCCUGUCCAAGGACAUGAGCAGUUUACACAUCUCCCCAAAUUCAGGGAAUGUCACUAGUGCGUCUGGGUCUCAGAUGGCAAGCGGCAUCAGCCUGGGCUCCUUCAGCAGCCGGCCGGACAGCAUGCAGCAACGCUCCUACUCUGUCUCCAGUGCCGACCAGUGGAGUGAGGCUACGGUCAUUGCAAACUCGGCCAUCAGCAGUGACACGGGGCUGGGCGACUCCGUGUGCUCCAGCCCAAGUAUCUCCAGCACCACCAGCCCCAAGCUCGACCCGCCCCCCUCCCCUCACGCCAACAGAAAGAAGCACCGAAGGAAGAAAAGUACCAGCAACUUCAAGGCCGAUGGUCUCUCCAGCACUGCUGAAGCCAAGCGCAAGGCAUGGAAACUAAACCGUGUUGGUAGCCUGCGAAAUAUAUACAGCAGCAGCGGCACCAACACCGAAGAACAAGAAGAAAACUUUGAGUUUAUCAUCGUGUCCCUCACUGGCCAGACGUGGCACUUUGAAGCCACCACUUAUGAAGAGCGAGAUGCGUGGGUCCAGGCCAUCGAGAGCCAGAUCCUAGCCAGCUUACAGUCCUGUGAGAGCAGCAAGAAUAAGUCCCGACUGACGAGCCAGAGUGAGGCCAUGGCCUUGCAGUCGAUACGAAACAUCCGAGGGAACUCCCACUGUGUGGACUGCGAGACCCAGAAUCCUAACUGGGCCAGUUUGAACCUGGGAGCCCUCAUGUGCAUCGAGUGCUCGGGGAUCCACCGGAACCUAGGCACCCACCUUUCUCGAGUCCGGUCUCUGGACCUCGACGACUGGCCCAUCGAGCUCAUCAAGGUGAUGUCAUCCAUCGGGAAUGAGUUGGCCAACAGCGUCUGGGAGGAGAGUAGCCAGGGGCGGACAAAGCCCUCGCUGGACUCCACAAGGGAAGAGAAGGAGCGGUGGAUCCGGGCCAAGUACGAACAGAAGCUCUUCCUGGCCCCGCUGCCCUGCACGGAGCUGUCCCUGGGCCAGCACCUGCUGCGGGCCACCGCCGACGAGGACCUGCGGGCCGUCAUCCUGCUGCUGGCUCACGGCUCCCGGGACGAGGUGAACGAGACGUGUGGAGAGGGGGACGGCCGCACCGCGCUGCACCUGGCAUGCCGGAAGGGGAACGUGGUCCUGGCGCAGCUCCUGAUCUGGUACGGGGUGGACGUCAUGGCCCGCGACGCCCACGGGAACACGGCGCUGGCCUACGCCCGGCAGGCGUCCAGCCAGGAGUGCAUCGACGUCCUGCUGCAGUACGGCUGUCCGGACGAGCGCUUCGUGCUCAUGGCCACCCCCAACCUGUCCAGGAAGAACAAUAAUCGCAACAACAGCAGCGGGCGGGUGCCCACCAUCAUCUGAGGACCGCCGGGCCCCCGCAGCCUCGCGCCCUCGCCCAGAAGUCACGACACGUGAGUCCCGUCGCGUCCCCACUCCUCCUGGCGGGCAGCCGCCCACCCGCCCUCACCCCGCGCGCAAUCACAAAAGCCUGACCGUCCUCACGGGGGCGCAGCGGAGGCCGCGAGGCUGCAGGACCGACUCCUUCCCCCCCCCCCCCGAACUGCCCCCCACCCCCCGCGACGAGCAGGGGCUGCCCGGGGGGGCCUUGGUUUCUUGAUAGCACACCGCGAGGUCCCCCGGCCCGGCGGCCUGUGGACACAGAGCACGGCACAAGGGACGGGGACGAGAGGGGGAGGGGAGGCGGGGAGCAAGGAGAAGGGUAUCUCUCCUUAACUGGCAGUUAAGCACAUCAGUACAUUUCACCUCCACCAAACGGAACACUCGGAUUUCAUCUCUUCUCCGAGGAGCUUGACGGCAUAAAUCAGAAGCAGGCAGAGUUUGUCAGGUUUGAAGCCCCUAUGAUGGUAUGUGUCAAAUCAGUUGUAGCUAAUCUGUCCGGGGAGAAUACUGGCUUCAUUACACUUGUAUAGUAGAGUUCUUCCAGCAUUACCGCUGUUUAAUAGAACAUGAUUAGUCAUCACCGAGAAAAAAGCAUAUUAGCCGAGGAGGUAGUUACACAGCACGCUCGGAUGCUUGCCACGAUGUGAUUGCAAUACUUCUUAGAAGCAUCAUAUCAUCUCAGACAUGUUCUUUCGAGCCCUUGGAGCCCUUCUUUCUAAAUUCACUGUCAUAAUUUAGUAUCUGUUUAAUUUUUCAGUCCAAAGAGAGGAAAUCAGUUGCUGAGUAUUAUUUGACUGCCGUCGCUCUCUUGGUGCAAAAACAAAAUGGAAAAAAUAAAUAAGGGUAACUCGGAAAUUCAAAAGGAAAUCACGGAUCCAAGCUAAUAAUAACCCUUCGAAUACACGUAGUGAACUAACCGAAGGCAUAAAAGGCUAUUUUUUUUUUUUUUUUUUUUUUGCCCCAAACGGCAGAGGUCUUUUACUUCCUUUUGCCAAGGUGGAGGUCUUGGGUCUCGGUCACUCCUGGGCCAUGCCGGAGUAUCACCCAGGCUUCUGUGUUAUGUCUUUAGAUAAGAUUGUGAAAAUCUAUUUGAAUAAAAGAAGUUCAUAAAUAUGCAUUGAUUUUUGUACAGACAAAUGUCACCUCUGCUAAUUUAUAAACUGAACUAGAUGUGAACUAAUAAUGUGCAACUAGUUGAGAUGAGAGGGUUACAGAUCAUUGUACAUGGAAAACACUCCCAGCAGCAAACACUUCCAUUAAUGUGAUAGACAGCUUUGAAAAAGGAACACAUCAGAAGAACAUAGUAGUACAAUUUGCUUAUUAAAAUCGAGAAAGGGGGAAAAAAAAAAAAACCAGACACUGAAGCGUUUUAGAGAAGAGGAAGGCGGCAUGUGAUUUCUCAUCAUUUCGAUCUGAUGGCACUUCUGCCGACCCAGAGGAGGGGCCGUGGCAAAGCAGGGGGCGACUUUGCGAAUCCCAGACCCACGUGCUCUGCACAGGCAGGUCACGACCGGCCGCCCACGGCUCUGCGGCACCUGCCGGCCGGCGAGAAUCGCUAAGGCUUAACUUGGCGGCCAGGCCGUCCGUUUGGGUUAUCAGCACGUCCCCUGGUCUGCCGUCACUGUGUGCCAUCGGGGCUGCUUUCAGACGCUAGCCACCUUCAACGUGGCCAGAUCGUGACACCCUGGGUUAAAAAGGAAAGGGGCAGCUUUGCCUGGAGCGCUUUAGCAGUAUGUGGGAGGAGAGGGUCGUCCAAUGGGAAGGCGCCUCUGGGCUGCUGUAGCACAGAAACCAAGGCCACGCUAGGCCAGUGGCCGCCCCCCCACCCCGGGGAAGUCCCCUGCUCUCAUAUAUGAAACCUUCUAUUUUGUCAGAGUUUUCCCUCUUCUUUCACUUUAAAAAAAAAACACAAUUCAAGUAGGUGGGGAAAAAAAUAAAGCUUUACACAGAAUUUAUAUGUGGGUCAGUGUUUCAGGGACAUUUGUAACCUUGCUUCCUCUGCGUGGAGCCCAGCGGGCUCCAGGAACGAUAGGUUCAGAAGGCUGAGAGCCCUGACCACAGGUCCCUGCUCCUCCCCCUGGUUUUUAAUUCUGUGUUUCAUCACUGUGUAGUUAUUUUAAAUGUGAAUAGGGGAAAAAAAUGUCACUGCCUAUUUUUGAAGAACUCAUUACUGUUCUAUUCCACCUGGACACAUUCUCCUCCGCACAGCCUUUAGCGUAGACUUCACGUAGCGAACGCAGAUAUAGUAUAAAUGAAAUUCUUAAAUUAUUUCACUGUAGUUAACUCCCACUAUAGGAACGCCCUAUCAUAUAGCGAAGCCUCGUUUUGAAAACAAACAAUUCCUUGUAAGGCUUCUCUUCGAGAUGUAUAUGAGUGUGUACAUAUUAUUAUAUGUGUUUAUAAUAUAAUAUUUUCCCAAAUGA